GUAACGGCUACUAUGAGAUUUGCUACUCUGUUUUGUGUUCUGUUUCUUCUUCUUCGAUUUGGUGAUGCGAUCAUCGUCCCAGUUGAUUUCUUGGCUCUUCAAGCGAUUCGUAAGUCGUUAGAUGAUUUACCAGGUUCUAAUUUCUUCGAUUCUUGGGAUUUCACCUCAGACCCUUGCAGCUUCGCCGGUGUUUUCUGCGACGGUGAUAAAGUAACGGCGCUUAACCUCGGUGAUCAAAAUGCCGGUUCGCCCGGUUUAUCUGGUCAGAUUGAUCCGGCUAUUGGAAAACUCUCUGCUUUAACAGAGCUCUCAAUCGUACCGGGUCGGAUCAUGGGCUCGCUACCGCACACAAUCUCGCAGUCGAAGAAUCUCCGGUUCCUCGCUAUCAGUCGGAAUUUUCUCUCCGGCGAGAUUCCGGCGAGUCUCGGCGAGCUUACGGGACUCAAAACACUCGAUCUGAGCUAUAAUCAGCUAACCGGGUCGAUUCCUCCGUCAAUCGGAUUCUUACCGGAGCUAUCCAAUCUGAUUCUAUGUCACAAUCACUUGAACGGAUCGAUUCCUCAGUUCCUCUCGCAAACGUUAACCCGAAUCGAUCUCAAACGGAACAAUCUCACCGGCGUUAUUUCUCCGACGUCUCUUCCCCCGUCGAUGCAAUACCUCUCGCUCGCUUGGAACCAGUUAACCGGACGAGUAGACCGGGUUUUACUCAGAUUAAACCAGCUCAAUUACCUCGAUCUCAGCUUAAACCGGUUCACCGGCGCAAUCCCCGGUCAGAUCUUCACCUUCCCGAUAACCAACCUCCAAUUACAACGCAAUUUCUUCUACGGCGCGAUUCAACCGGCGAAUGAAGUAACGAUUCCGACCGUCGAUUUAAGCUACAACAGAUUCUCCGGCGAGCUUUCGCCGCUUCUCUCCAACGUACAGAAUCUAUACCUGAACAAUAACCGGUUCACCGGUCAAGUCCCGGUUAGCUUCGUGGAUCGGUUAUUGGCAGCGAAUAUACAAACACUCUACCUCCAACACAACUUCUUCACGGGGAUACAGAUUAGCCCGGCGGCGGAUAUCCCGGUGAGCAGCUCGCUGUGUCUACAAUACAACUGUAUGGUGCUACCGGUACAGACGCCGUGUCCGGUUAAGGCCGGUUCGCAGAAAACAAGACCCACAACGCAGUGCAACGAGUGGCGAGGGUAGAAACGUAAUUCCGGCAGUUAUUUAUUUCUCUCCGGUUAUUUUGUUAUAACUCUCUUUUCGAGUUUCGAUGGUCGCAAAAAAACAAAAAAAAAAUAACGAUUUGUUUAUUCGUUGGUGACUUUGUGAAUGUGGUGUAAUGAUAAUGAUGAUGAUUCGAAUAAAAUGAGUAACGCCUAUAUUAUCA